AAAUAGCUUGUUUGAGAGGGGAAUAAUUUGCCGGACGGAGAUCGGAGUCGUGCUUCAGCCUGUUCUGUCGAUUUUUCGGUUUCGAAGAUCUUAAAUGUGCGCGUAUCAGUGACAUAGUCGCGAAAGUGUCGCCGGCAAACUGACACCGAAGAUGGAUUACUCGUCAACCUGGCUGUUGCUUAUCUCACUGCUCGGCACAUUCCUACUCACGGGCGGCGUCGAGCUAACCUUCGAACUGGCCGACAAUGCGAAAGAAUGCUUUUAUCAGGAGAUCGAGAAGAAUGUUUCAUGCACACUGGAGUUUCAGGUGGUGACAGGUGGCCAGUAUGAUGUAGAUGUAACUUUAGAGGCUCCGAAUAAAGAAAUCAUCUAUAGUCAAGUGAAAACACAAUUUGAUUCGCACUCCUUUGUAACAGCUAUGUCAGGAGUAUAUAAAGCUUGCUUCAGCAAUGAGUUUUCUACAUAUUCCCAUAAAAUGGUAUAUGUAGAUUUCCAGGUUGGCGAUGAAUUGCCACUUCCUGGCAUCGGGGAACAUGUCACAGUGAUGACUCAAAUGGAGUCUUCCGCGCAAGAAGUGCACAAAAAUCUAAUUAGCAUUCUAGAUUAUCAGACGCAUCAUCGUUUGCGAGAAGCACAAGGUCGUAAACGCGCCGAAGAGCUUAACGAACGAGUACUCUGGUGGUCGGUGAUGGAAACAUUUUCUAUCCUGUUCAUCGCCGUGUCACAGGUGUUCAUUCUCAAGACCUUUUUCACGGAUCGGAGUCCCUCUCAAAGUUAUUAGUGUGAUUGCAAAGUAAUGAAAACGAAAAAAAAAGACUCUCGUCGAGGUACAGUCGAUUAUAGAUCGUACUUUCCUCGUGACGUCGUAAUUGCUGUUUUUUUUUUUCAUCACCGGUCAAAGUGCCAUCGUAACGCCCGCUGAUAUGUCACGCUUGCUUUCUCUCGGCGGAACUUUCAAUCGAGAAUUUCUUGUCGAAGGAAAACUAGGAUCAAAGAACCGGGCAAAACCGAGGUGAUCCUCGCACCACAAACGCGUGUGUGUUCUUGGGUAUUAAUUUAUUCCGAGGCUGUAAAAGGACAUUUAACGCGGGUGUUGAUACAACUCGGAGCAAUCAAAAGGGACGAGUGCAAGUAUUAGAAUUCUUACACAACCCUUCUCGAUGGACACUCUCAAGUUGUACUUAUACUGGCACAGAGACAGUAUAAUGAACAUUGAAAGCAACAUGGACAUCAUGUUUUUCUUACUGUGAAUGUGUAAUAUAAUAAAUUAAAAGAAACUUGUGUGUAUAUUUACGCCUAUGUUUCGCGAAACGAUUCGAUUAAUACCCAUCUCUCGUUAUCUGUCGCGCCUUCCGUUUAUUUGUUUUAAGAUCAAUUGAGAUAAAAGCUACUUAAAUAAACGAUUUGACCAUUUA